AUGCAGUGUUGGCGCAAGGAAGCGACAGUCCAGAGGCUUGAUGUCCUGCUAUCGAACUCUUCGUUGGCAACGAUCCACUCGCCGUCCGGGGACGGUGGAGUCUUCAAGACCUGUUGCGCCAGCGUUUUAUUUCUUGCUGGAAAGCCCGCGAUCCCAUCCAAUGGCGGGCCUGCUGCGUUCUUUGAUAACUUUCGCGGAGGCCAGUGGCGGGUCUACGAGCUGGACGAGGCUGCCCGGCGCUCCUUCCACGAGCUCAACGACAAGCGCACGGAGGGCCAGCGACAGGCCCGCCUCGUCGACCAGAACAACUCUCGCUGGCAAUCCAAAGUCGAACCGAAGCAUCUUCGCCACGCCUUCGCCGCCCUCAAAUUUGGAGCUCUGCUUAGCGACAUGGACUCCGUCGACAAGAAAGUCGCGCAGUUCUUCACAGAGACUCUGGAAGGGAGUGCUACGGCGGAUGGUCACCCAACCGCUGGGGGCGCUCCUGGUGCCGGUAAAGUGCGAGUUCGUGAUGCCUUAACUCAGAUACUGCGUGUCUCUGCCUCUCAUUUGACAACGCAAACUCCGGCGAUGCGCUGUGCCGUCCUCGCCAUUCCUUCUGAGUCGAGCGUCCUGCUCAAAGAGAAAGACAUCAAAACUGAAUCAAAACCGCCUUUACCUCGCUGCCCGACACUCAGAAAGGCCUUCCUGCGCUUUGCCUUGCCAUGCGAGCGAUCCUACGCGAACUACGUCAACAUGCUCACAGCCAUCGACUUUCGCGUGGUCAGCUACCAGGCUUUGCUUCCCCUUCUCCCACUUCCCCAACUUGACACUUUCCACUGUCGAAUCCUGGGUAACUUCGUGAACUCAAGUCAACUUGGAGUUCGAACUUUGGGCUGCGGCCGUUGUCUUUUCCACGCGACAGCCAGCAUCCAGAUGCUCGCGUCGCCGGAGGCAACGGCUGUCGACGAAGCCCGCACAAGCCAGAAAAAGAUCGAGACCAGUGCCAGUGAUUUGAACAGACAAACCUUUGCACGUUCUGAAAUCUAUGCUAUGCAAUUGCUUGAUGUAGACAAGUCAGACAGUGGCUCGAACCCUGCCGAUGGAUACAACAAAUGGAGACAGGACGCCGACAAUUCGCAAGAUCGGCUCAAGGACGAGCUGGGCAAGGAAGAAGAUGCAUGCCAAUCUAGAUCUGCAAGCGCCUUCGUAGAUGUCCUGCAGGGCAGUGGCAUCAGCAUCGACACCCUUUCUCUGGACAUGACGAAUGCCUUUUCCGGUGGCGAGGUGUUGGAAAUCCUGGUGACUGCCAUAACCAUGAACGGUGCCUACGUUGAAGGCUCCGGCUUCUGGACCGCCCUAGGAGAGAACACGGCAACUCACCUCGUUCUCCAGCUUGAUCGGGUCCGGUCGGUGAUUGAUGUUUACCAGCCUCCAACGAGCUUCCGUACAAGUGACCGCCAGAGUCAGGAAGAGGUUGUCCUUGGAGUCGGAGAUGGAUGGCUGGAUGUGCUCACUUUGCAGCCUUGUGCUCCGCCGAUGAGUCACAAGGUGAUUGUCGAUGCGGCACAAAUGGUGUCGCGGAUGUUCUACACUUAUUCGCUGGAGAGUGUGACGAGCUACCGUAUCGUCACGGCAGAGGCUUAUCCUCAGAACUUCGACGUGAGCGUGGAAUAUCUGAGCUCUCCGGCCCCCUUGAUUCUGGGGUUCUCAGUGGUCAUGUUGCCAACAACUCCGAUGAAGCCUCGAGUCGCUGAUGACCGGUUGCUGUACUUCACGACAGAUUUCGUGGACGUGGGCUAUCACCAAGCGGAUAUGCACACGCUGCCAAGUGAGGCAGUGGACCGGCAGAUCUCGUUGAUGUGGCGCUGGGAUCUGGCGAAGCUGCCCAAUCGGACAAUCAGGAUACACGUCGACCCGACCGUACCGCUGCGCUGGCAAGCCUGGGUCAAAGAAGGUGUUGAGGCUUGGAAUGCGGCCUUCGCAACACUGCGAAUGCCAUCGGCGGUGAGAGCCGUUCUGCCUUCGGACGAUGAUUGGCCGCAGGACUACAGCAUGGCCGAUGCACGGUACAACACGAUCUACUGGUCGCUGUCUGAUGACAUCUCCAGCGAAGGUGAUGCUCAGGUCGAUCCCAGGACCGGUGAGAUCAUCAAAGCUGACAUCCGCAUGGGCAGCGGUUGGGUGUGGGCUUGGCUUUCUGAACUGGAUCUCCUGGCGGCCAACGCUACCCGAGAGGAUCGCCUAGCGCUCUUGGGCCAAGGUGUUGUGAGUGGGACGCAGCUGUCGAAGCGUUCAAGAAGGCCUGGGAGGUCAGCUGGGCGGCCGACACGCUCCACGCAUGCACAACAGUCGCGGCACACGAAGAUCCCUCGCGACAUCGGCGAGUCUGCCGAGACCUCCGAGCUGCCACGACAUGGUGUUCACGCUGGGCCGCUGCUGCUCUCUGCAGGGCAGCCGUUGACCACACUGCAGCUCGAGGUCUUGAUGGGAGAAGGCCUGAAGAGCGUUGUGAUGCACGAAAUGGGGCACAUCCUCGGCUUGAGGCACAACUUCAAGGGGAGCACCUUCGUCGCUGAGAAUUGCUUGGAGAAUCGGAGCUGCACCGCCGUCCACGGGCUCUCUGCGAGCAUCAUGGACUAUUUGCCCAUGAACUUGCCGGAGCCGGGGCGCGAGCCCAACUCCGUUCACAUCUUCCCCCCAACCAUCGGCGCUUACGACAAGCUUGCUAUCCGCUACGGGUACUCCGAGCCCUCCGAGUCGCCCACAGAGGCUUUCUAUGGGCUCGCGGCUCUCUUGGAGGAAGCGAAGGCUUUCGAUGUCUGCUACGAUGCAGACGAGGAGUUGGGUGAGGACCCCUUCUGCAUGACCGAAGAUCUUGGCGAGGACCCCGUGGCCUUCCACGAGAAGCGCCUGACUCGAAUUGCACGAGUGCAGGGCGAGCUGCACAAGCGCUACGUGCAGGCUGAUGGACCCUGGCGCAAUUACGGCAAAUCAUUGGGCUCUCUGCUGAGGGAAGCAGAGGUCGUCGGUCUCAGCCUUAUUCCCUGGGUGGGCGGAAUUCGGAACAGCUAUGCCCACCGCGGUCCAGUGUGGAAUGCAUCCAAGGCCCGCCGGCCGGUGCCCCUUCAAAUGCAGCGUCGGGCACUGGAGGCAGUGCUGAAGCUGCUUCGACCCGAUGCUGCUGGCCUACUGCCACCAGCAGAGGCGCUGCCGUUUGCAGUGACUGGAGAGGAGGAUUCUCUCGAAAGCCUCGAUCUUGUACGUCUCUCUGAGAGCCUUAUCAAAAAGCUCUUGGCCAAGCUGUUGUCGUCCAAGCGCUUGCUGCAGGUCAGGAAGCAGGAGCUCCUCAUGGCCUCCUCGACCCCGCCAAGCGCAUUGGACGGGGCUGAUGCGCUGACUGUGGAGGAGUUCCUUACCAGGAUGAGCGAUGGAAUCUUGGGAGGUUUCCACUUGGACAGCCAUCCAGAAGCUUCGGCCUCGCUGACAGCAGAAAUGACGCUUCAGCUGGAGUUUGUUCGGAGCAUGACCGCACUGUACCACGAGAAGGACCUCCCUGCUUCGCUCGAGGCGCAGCUCUUGCUUCAGCUGCACCAGCUACGCCGGGACAUCGCGGCAGAGGAGCGGCGGCUUCGGAAGGCCGCGGAUGAUUCGCUCGCGGGAGAGAGGCCAACGCUUCUGGAGGUGCAUGUGACACUGCUCAAGCGUGAGCUCGUUUCAGCACUUUGUGGCAAAGGUGACAAAGAGGACUGCAAGGAAGCCAAGUCUGACGGGCACCAAGUCAAGUCCGUGAUCUGGACAAUCGCAGCAGGGACGGCAACAAGCAUUGUCUGCCUGUUUGUGCUGGCCAUGGUAGAGUCGCAGUCCCCCGGUGACGGAUCGUUUGACGCGCACCUGCUGCAACCACUACAGCCGGUGCUGAUGCUCCGCCAGUUUUCCACGUUCAUUGCACCUUCCCGGAGCAUCCGGGAGCCGGGACAUUGCGAAACUCCUCUGAAGAUGUAG